UCCCUGUUCUCCUUCAGGCACAUUAACAUUUCAUCAGAUCAUGCAAUCGCCUCGUCCUAAUAACGGAUUUGUAGCUAAAAGCUCACAGCCUCCAGAUGACCAGCAACCACAUUUGUUGUCCUUGAAAGUAAUGCGGCUGUCCCGGCCUCAAUUAGCUUCCUCAUUACCGAUGUACUACGAAUCGCAAGGCAAAAGCUCAUCGUUAGUUGAGGGACUAAAAGAGCUCAAUAAAACAGACCUGACCGCGACCCACUCUUUUGACACGGUUGAUACUGCAAUACAAAUUCGAGAUUUCGGAUUAAGUCAGCUUUUACAACUUCCAGCAGCCUUCGGCAAUAUUUAUCUCGGCGAAAACUUCAAUACCCUAGUCUGUGUUAACAAUGAGUCUUCGUAUCCAGUGAAACAAAUGAGUAUCAAAAUCGAACUUCAAACAUCAUCACAACGAUUUCUGCUAUUUGACAAUUCAAAUGCUCCUCAAGCUAUCUUGGAGCAUAAUGCAACUUACGAUACAACUGUGUCGCAUGAAAUUAAAGAAUUGGGUGUCCAUAUUCUUGUGUGUUCAGUUCAGUACAGUACAACUAGUGAUCAAAAGCGUCAUUUUCGUAAAUUCUACAAAUUUCAAGUAUCAAAUCCCCUCGCUGUGAAAACAAAGUUGAACAGUAUGGUUGAUGGGAGAGUAUUUUUGGAGGCACAGCUCCAAAAUGUUUCAGCAGGACCAAUGUAUUUAGAACGGAUGAAAUUUGAACCAUCUGAGCAUUUUCAUUAUGAAGACCUAAAUCAUAUUGUGAAUUUAAACAAUGAAGAUAAAGAUGACUUAAAGCAAUCCACAGAUACAUCAGUAUUUAGAAACCAAUACAUUCAAUCACAAGAUAUUAGACAAUAUUUGUACAUAUUAACAGUAAAAGAUUCACAGACAAACGACAGGAUUUCAAGAACAACCAAUGCGUUAGGUAAAUUGGAUAUUGUAUGGAGAUCAAGUAUGGGAGAAAUGGGCCGACUACAGACUUCUCAGUUGACUAGAAAAGCACCUUUUUUGGAAGAUCUGGAAGUACAACCAUUUUGGUUAAUACCAGAUGAACCUGUCAAAAUAAUCGUGGAAAAGCCAUUUAAGUUAGGUCUACGGAUCAAAAACCAUUCGGACAAGAACAUGAAACUUAUUCUUAGUGCCGAUAAAACAAAGAUGGGUUCUGUACUUUUAAGUGGGCCCAACACAAAGCAAUUGGGCGAAGUCACCAUCAACCAAUAUAUAGAGACGCAAGUCGAGUUCUUUCCACUGACGCCAGGAUUACAACGAGUUGGAGGAUUGAAAGUGAUUGAUUUACUUUCAGGGUAUACGAAAGAUGUGGAUCACUUAUGUGACAUUACUGUCCUCAAACAUAGCAAUGACACGAUCGAAGCAGCAUUGUUACUAUAAACUGUUUGAAAACACAAUUUGAUUAGGAAAGUUUCACUUCAUUUCGCAUUGAUAUGCAUGUACAAUUAUCUUUUUUUCUUAAUGCAAAUAAACGAAUAAAUUUUAUUGCAUGAUUUUGGCGGA